AUGUUAUACUCUACAGCUCCUAGAAGUCAGAAACGGCAACAGAGUGGAAAGAAAAAGAAUAACGAGAAGCUACAGAAGCUACAGAAACGCAAGAUAGACAAGGACGGAACUAGUGGAGCUAAAGGAACACACAAGAAGCGGAAGAAGCAGCAAGUAAAGACCCCUAUCAUCAGUAAUGUGACAAUAUCAAGUGCAGCCAAGUUGACGCGUGAAGAAGGUGGUGGCACGUCCUGUUCUGUGCUCCGAGUCAAGAAAGACGCCGAUGUGCUGGCUGGACUCUAUUGGAUCUUACUUGCUCGCAAUACUCUACGCCCUUGUGUAGUGACUCUGCCUAAUCAUGACGAGACGUCUCCAUCUCAAUUAUCUACGAUGUUCAAGCAUCUUGGGCUCCAAGCAGUGGCGUUGCAUCACAAGAUGACGACAGGUCAGCGGACUGAAACGGUGCAGAGACUCAAAACUUCCGUCCUGGGGUCACAUGCUCUCGUUCUUGUGACUACAGAGCACAUGCUGCCAAGUGCUGUGUAUGCUAAGGCUGAUGUGGUGUUGGCUGGAGCUGUGAGUGCUGCGUCGACUGAAGUGGCGACGGCAAAGUUUGCUCAUGUACAUCAAGUGACAGUUGGGACUGAAAACAAGCAGCAGAACACGAGUAACUUUCGCCCUGAGUUGUUGACUCCUUGCUUGCAGCAACUGCAGACGCGGAUGAAGCUGGCACGGCAGAUUGUGGACAUCGCGCAACGUGUUGGCAAGACUGGAGCUGCUGUCCAGGAUGAGGACGACAAGUGGGCUCGGAAAUUGGCGAAAGGAGCUGAUCUCGAUGAUGAUGGCGAUGAUGAAGGACAGAAGAAAAAGCGUAAACGUACGAUGACCCCGGAUGAGCAGAGGCUGCAGGCAUUAGUGGCAAAGCUUUACGUGGUACUGACGCGUAAGCUGCCAGGAAUCGAAGCGAAUGAUGCUGUUAGCGCGUCAUUUGUCGGAGAGCAGAAAGCUGAUAGUCAGCACCGUCGCGAGAAGCUAGAGGUGCUAGGUCUUGUCACAAUGAAUGCUGCCGUGGGUACGGCCAUGACGGAUGAACGCACAUCUGCUCAGACGCGAUGGAUGGAUUUUGCCGAGGGUAAAGCACACGGUGGUCAAUGGGACGGACCUGUGCGUCAUGGUGCAUCGAAGGAUGAUACUUCACUUGCGCUUCGCGAGAGGUUCUGUGCUGCAAGAGGCAUGGCGAACGACUCGAGCUACUUGAGCAAAUGGGCGCCUAACAAAGGGCCUAUCGACAAUGAAAAAUGGGGUGGCAUGUUCGGUAAGGUUUGCGGACACAACGAAGUGGUUAUGAACGAUCUGCGGGCCUUUUAUCCGCAAGAGGUAAUAAAUUCGAAGGUCUGCAGCAAAGUCUUUCCAGCUCCAGGAAACCAGGGCUUUGACGGCUGUCUAGAGCACUUGCGGUUUGCCUGCUUGGCUCAAAAUACGAGCAUGACUCUAUGGGACGCUGAGUACUUCAUUUUUAUUUCAACGCGCGGACGCGUGACAUGGUCCAAGAAGAGUCAGCUGCUUUCACUCUCACUGGCGAGUCUGCAGUGUCUCGUCCCUGCACUUCGUAGCUGGACAGCGGCAAGUGUCGGUCACUUGCCACCCAAUGCAGUCCUUCGUGCGAUCCAACUAUGUAGCCAACUUGGCUGCGGCGACAAACGUGGCAAGCUGCCCCCUAAGGCGUUCAAACUUAUCGUGAGCUUUGCGUUUGGUGGAUCAGCUCGACUAUGGCGACAAAUUGCGAGGGUCUCGACACCCCUAAAAGAGGAAAAUGUAUAUAAUCCCCUGUAG